AUGACUUCCUACGUCUCUGCGAGCCAAGCGUACGAACGCGAGAGGACUCCUACAAAGGAUACCUAUUCUAAUACUUCCUCUAGUGGAUGGUCUGGAAGAUAUAGAGGGGCUACUGUUGAAGACUUGGACCCACCACCUGCACUCUCUACGUCUCCUCACGAUCUCAUUUCAUCUGCACUACUUUCGGCAUAUGAGCGCGAUUACACCCACUUGACUGUGAUAUCAUCAGAUUCUCGCUCUCUUCUUGGUUAUCUUUCUAUUCCGCGGCUUAAGUCUCUCUUAAAAUCGGGAGUAGUAUCCGAAUCCGACCCAGUUGAGAAGGCUAUGCUGAAAUUUCGACGGAGAGGCCGUGUUUAUCAAAUUAUAACUAUGGAUACGCCCCUUGAAGAGCUAGAAAAGUUUUUUGACGGCAAGCUACAUCCUGCUGAACCGGGUAAAGAGGCACAAAGACAGGAUUUCGCAGUAGUUACUGAUGCUAGUCGCAAAUUUGUUCUCGGAGUUGCCACCAGAGAGGAUUUGGAGCAGUUUGUUAAACGGCGGCCUACCUAA